AAACGAAUUAAACAUACAGAUGAGAGCAGUUACUUACUCACUCAUACGUAAAGUGUAUUUAAUGUGUGUGUGCGUUGUGUAUUCGUAUCUGAAAGAAUCAUAUUUUUUUUCGAAAAUACUUUAUACGCAUUUCAUUUAUUCGCCUGUAACGUUGUUGUCAUCCAUCUAGCCAACCUCCGUACCGUCGUAGUAAAAAAAAAUCGUAAUAGAAGUGCUUACUAGUAAUACGUAGUUGGAGUUUGUUCUUUACAAUGAUUUUUAUUGCGCAGGUUGUUGUUGUAUUUCCCUAGAAAUCCAACAAUAUACAAUACAUAAGAUUUUUGUUAAAAUUCUGUUUCUUUCGUUAUAUUUUGUGUGAAAAGAAGUUACAAAAGUUCUUGAACAUAUAGAGAAAAAAACAGUAAAAAAAUCAAUGAUUAAAUUGAGAAAAUUAAAAGAAAAAAGUGAAUAAAUUUUAAAUAAAUAUACAAAAGAAAUAAGAUUAAAUAAAUUGAAAUAAAUUUGCAUUUAUUAAAAAUGAAAACAGUUUAAACAACAACAAAAAGAAUCUGAAAACAUUUUCUUUUCAAACGGAUGCCAGCAAUAUAUAUAAACCUGUAUUGUUCCUGAUACUUUACUUCAAACGUCAAAGAACUCAAGAAAGAAAAAUGGAUAAAAUAAAAACAACUCAUAAGUUGGAAGCACUAAGUAACCCUCAGUUAACAUACAGAAUGAACAACAUGCUGGACAUGGCCAAUGCUUUAGAGUGUGAGGAGCAACAUCAGCAGGAGAGAAAGCACAACUUUUUGUGGAAUAAUUUGCCCAAUGAAUUGUUGAUACAUAUCUUCAAAUAUUUGCCUCAUAGUGAUUUACAACAGAUUCGUUUAGUCUGCAAACGUUGGCAUGAUUUAACUCAACUGCCCGAAUUUAUGGGAAAAUCCAAAUUAAUCAUUAAUCGUGACAACAUGGCCACUCUGCAUGAUUGUUUGGCGAAUGAUGAGGAGCUGGCUAGGAGACUGUCAUAUGAUACUUUGGAAUUACAUGGUCUGGAAUUAAGUGAUGAUUUGCAAUUGAUUUUGAAAGCGCUGGGAACAAACAUACACAAACUGCGCCUGUACAAAUCACCGGUAUUCGCCAUUUUGAAUGAGUGUCUGCCAGAUUUGGAGGAAUUGAUUGUCACCCAUAUACCCACCGUACAAAGUGAUAAUACAUUUUCGGUUAAUUUAAGUAAAUUUCGAAAUUUCAAAUCAUUAGAUAUAAGCUGCAGUAAUGUGACCACGUACAUUAAGACCCACAUGAUAUUAAAUUUGACCAGAGAGUUAUCGCUGGUAAUGGAAAAGCUUUGUAUAGAAUUGAAUCGGGAACAUGAAGAACUGCUGAUAUAUACUUUGCAAUUUCAUAGCAAUUCUUUGAGACAUUUGGAAAUUGUAUUAAGAUCAAAUCCUGUAAUGAUUUCAAAAUGGAAACAGGUGUUUGUGUUAUUCAAACACUUGGAAACUUUAAAAAUUACAGGAGUUUCCUGCUAUCAGUGGUUGAAGGAAAUAAUGGAGUGUUUACCCAAGGAAGCUCCUCUAAAACAUUGUGAUCUAAGCGGUGGUCUGCAAGUAGAUGAUGCUUUAUUAAAACUAAUCAUACACAAAUGGCCGGAGACUUUGGAAAAUAUGGAAUUGAUGUUUUGCAAUUUAUUAACAGAUGAGGGUGUCAAACAUUUUGGUCUACUGCGUCAAACACUACGCUCUUUAAACAUAUCCCACUGCUCUAAAGUAACGGCUAAAGGUUUGCUACAGGGUUUGGCAGCGCAAACUAAUAAUACUCUUAAAACUCUGGUACUCAAUGACAUGGCCGAUAUGGAUGCAGAGUCGGUAAGACUAUUGGCUCAACGUUUACCUAAUCUAAACUAUUUAAGUCUGGAAAAUUGCCGGGAAUCUGUUACAGACUCUACAUUAGAAUGCAUCUUUCGUUAUCAAUUAAAACUACAGCACUUAAUACUAGACGACUGUAUACGCAUUACCGAUGAAGGUCUUUUGGGUUUUGGUGAUCAGCCCUCACCCAUUAGCAACCUCAAGGGUUUACAAUCCCUCAGCUUAAGAGGCUGUCGCAAUCUCUCCAAUCGUGCUCUUAUUAAAGGUUUAAAAUUUACCGAAUUACGUAAAUUAGUGUUAGGCUAUUGUCACAAAAUAUCUUCCAUGGGCAUUGAGGAAUUGGUGGAGAAUUGCCCUGCUCUCGAAGACUUAACCAUUUCAAGCUGCCUAAUGAUAGAUGAUGAUGCCAUGCUACAUAUUGCCCAAGGACUGCCACGUCUUAGACGUCUCAAUGUUAGCAAUUGUAUUAAUUUAACUGGCAAAUCUAUAGAUUAUGUAGUCGAACUAUGUAAGUCUUUGAAAGAACUUUCAAUGUGUGGCAUUGAUUCGUUGGAAAUCCAGGAGGUUCAAGAAAAGUUCCUACAACUGAAACCUCAAAUUUUAGAAUUGAAUUUAUAGUUACAAGUUCAAUAUAACAUACGUAUACAAUAUAGAGGCAUAAAUCCCCAACCGAAACCGAGAGACUUUUUCUAAAUUUGUGUGUAUGUGCGUUUUUUAAGGCCUCUUACUACUAUCUCUCGUGUUAUUAUUGUUUUAGAUAUUUUGACAGAACUGUGUUUAAUUUUUUUAAAAAAAUAUUCUUAUUAGUAAAUAGUAAUAUUUGUAAAUUGUUUUAUUAGAUUUAAU